CUGCUGCAGGACGGCUCAGCGCAGACGGGCACUGCUGCUGCUCCGGUGCUGCUGCUGCUGCAGCAGCAGCAGCUGGACCCACAGCAGCAGCAGCAGCAGCGGCAGCUGGCCCACUGGGGCGAGUUCGUUGCUGCUGCUGCUAAACAUGCUGCGCUGCAGAAGCAAGUUGGCGUUGGCAGCCACCUCAGCAAACAGCUCACGCUGCAGCAGCUAGCCAGACUUCUGAAGAUUCUGAAGUUCCUUUGUGUUCUCCUCAAGAAGCAAAAACGUUCCUUCUCCAGCCAACAAGACCUGGCGAGGCAGCUGCGGGUGGGGCCGGAGCCCCCUGGCCACGCAGUGACUGCGUGGCUGCAGACGGAGUUUUUGAAAAAGGGUUUUGACGAGAAGUACAGCAUGCCCAAGGAGUAUCAAACCAAGGUGCUGAUGACGAUCGCUUGGGUUUGCUGCGCGUUGUCUGCGGACUUCAAAUUUGACUUCACGACUCUUUUGGAGGUGGAGUUCAACAACGAGAGAACCGCAAACUUCGCGGCGUGUGCUUCUCUCAUUGGUAUGAAACCCUCACGCACCAACGAAAAGGAGUACCAGCUGUCGUUCCCUUCGCCUUUAGUGCAGCUGGAAAGUGCUUCGGACCUUUCGGUGUCUCUACAGUCCGUUUUCGAGGAGAAGAGAAAGCGGCGGCGCUAA